GCCACGGUGACAAACGGUCGCCUGUGGAUUUGAAGACGGGGGGAGAAAUGAUGGAGGGCAAUUCUCCUUCGGCGAGAUCUUGAAUCAAGCCGACAGCCGGGGCGAGCAUGUGAGCAGGGAGGCGGCCGCAAAGCAACGAGAUGCGGGCAGUGAACUGAAGGCGAAGGGCCGUGAGCUGCGGCACUGUGGACCUGCUGGACCCGCCCCGGCAACUCCAGUCGCUGGUCAGGGGGUCGCACCGUUGCCGCCGCAGGCCGCAGGCUCCAUCCUCACCCUAACUCUUCCUGCCCCCGUAGCGGCCCGAGCAAAGCCGGUCCUCGGGGGAGCCUCGCGGCACCAGUAAGCCGCAGUGACUCCGAUCAGGCUCUGACUGGCUUCAAAUCUGGUGUUCCUCCAUUGUGAAUGUUACUGAUUUUUUUUUAAAAAAAGAGGACUUGAGGUUAACUAAGCUUGUGUCAAAAGUAUCUGGUAACAGCACAAACAGAGCCAGAAUUUAAGGAUUUCAGCUGAUGCAGUAGACUUCAUCUUCAGGAUAAAAUCUGCAGUACGGAGCAUAGACCGAAAAUGGAUGAGCAAAGUGUUGAGAGCAUUGCCGAGGUGUUCAGGUGCUUUAUUUGUAUGGAGAAGUUGCGUGAUGCUCGGCUUUGUCCACACUGUUCAAAACUUUGUUGCUUCAGUUGCAUAAGGCGUUGGUUAACAGAACAGAGAGCCCAGUGCCCGCAUUGCAGGGCACCUCUUCAGCUACGGGAGCUUGUGAACUGCCGUUGGGCAGAGGAAGUCACACAACAACUGGACACUCUUCAGCUAUCUAAUCUCAAUAAGCAUGAAGAAAAUGAUAAAGACAAAUGUGACAGUCAUCAUGAGAAACUAAGUGUAUUCUGUUGGACUUGCAAGAAAUGUAUCUGCCAUCAAUGUGCACUUUGGGGAGGAACGCAUGGAGGUCACACAUUCAAGCCAUUAGCUGAGGUUUAUGAUCAACAUGUGACCAAGGUGAACGAUGAAGUGGCAAAGUUGCGACGUCGACUGAUGGAGCUGAUAAGUUUAGUUCAAGAAGUGGAGAGAAAUGUGGAAGCAGUAAAUAGUGCAAAAGAUGAGCGCGUGAGAGAGAUUAGGAAUGCCGUGGAAAUGAUAACCGCAAGACUGGAUACACACCUGAAAAAUAAACUUUUCACACUAAUGGGUCAGAAGAGAUCGCUGACCCAGGAAACGGAGCUGCUUGAGUCACUGUUACAAGAAGUAGAGCAUCAGCUGCGAUCCUGCAGUAAAAGUGAACUAAUUGUGAAGAGUCAAAAAAUCCUGUUGAUGUUUCAGCAAGUGCAUCGUAAACCCAUGGCUUCCUUUGUCACUACACCUGUCCCACCAGAUUUCACCAGUGAGUUGGUUCCUGCCUAUGACUUCAGCACAUUUGUCCUAUCAAAUUUCAGCACUUUACGUCAGCGUGCAGACCCUGUAUACAGCCCUCCUCUGCAAGUAUCGGGACUCUGUUGGAGACUGAAAGUUUAUCCAGAUGGAAAUGGAGUCGUGCGUGGAAAUUACUUGUCAGUGUUUCUAGAACUCUCUGCAGGACUCCCUGAAACAUCAAAGUAUGAGUACAGAGUAGAAAUGGUUCAUCAAGUCUCCAAUGACCCAACCAAAAACAUAAUUCGCGAAUUUGCCUCUGAUUUUGAAGUUGGUGAAUGUUGGGGUUACAAUCGUUUCUUUCGAUUGGACCUUCUUGCCAGUGAGGGUUACCUGAAUAUGCAGAGUGACACUUUGGUGCUCAGGUACCAGGUGCGUGCACCUACAUUUUUCCAGAAAUGCCGUGACCAGAAUUGGUACAUCAGCCAACUUGAGGUGGCUCAAACAGGCUACAUUCAACAAAUCAACAAUCUCAAAGAGAGAUUGGCCAUUGAACUUUCACGUAACAGAGCCUCGCAAAGCUUGUCACCACCCAAUAUGCGCUUGAGCCCACAAAACAAUGACUGCUCAGAUACCAGGACAAAAAAGCUUGCUUGUAAUGAAGAUUUGCCAGCAGAGGGUGCUUGUUCAGCUUUAGCAGUAAACCAGGUUAAAGAGGAGGAGGAAGAGGACAAGACGCCACAGGACGACUCAAAUCAUGAUCUUUCUGAUGGUGAUUUGGACUUGGAGUUCCUCACAGUGGAUGACGAAUUGAACCAACUUGAUGGCAGCAGCUCCUCUGCUAGUUCCACAGCAACAAGUAAUACAGAAGAAAAUGACAUUGAUGAGGAGACAAUGUCCGGAGAGAAUGAUGUUGAAUACAGUAACAACAUGGAUUUGGAGGAAGGGGAGUUAGCUGACUCUGCAGGAGCUACUGGAGGAAUGAACAACCACAGUAGGUCUUCAAGGAAGGUAAUGGGCAGUCUGACAUCCACAGCCAGCAACAGCCUACUUGAAAUUGACCCUGUCAUUCUCAUACAGCUGUUGGACUUGAAGGACCGAAGUAGCAUGGAAAAUCUGUGGGGUCUUCAUCCCCAUCCACCAGCUUCCAUCCUGCAUUCAGCAGGUCCAUGUCGUAAAGACCGUGACCAGCGGAGACAGCAGUCUGUGCGUCGUUCACCUCCUGAUUCUGGAGUUCUGAAGAGGUUGAAGGCACAGAUGGCUGAAGUCAGGAGCAAAAUGUCAGAAGUGAAAAGCCAGAUGUCAGAAGUGAAAAGUACGGUGUCGUGUACUGAUCUGGGUUCAAACUGCAUCGCUUCUGCUGGAGAGCAGGGACCACUGGGGUCCUGUGGAAUUGACAACAUCCAGAGAUGUGAAGCAGGGCUGGAUCUCUUUUCUAAUUACAUAACUUCUGCAACCAGUAAGAAAUCAGCAUCUCCGAAGAACAAUCGCUCUGGCCCAGGGACCUCCCUCUCUCUCCGCAGAGCACUGGAUGGUGGAGAUAAGGAUUUCCUCUGCCAAGAGAACUGCCAAUCCAUUGCAGGAGGAUCGACAAAAUCCAGCAGUAGACAAGGAUCCCCACAUUCCAUAAACAAAUGCGGUGAUUUAGAGAUGCCAUCAGUCUGCAAGGCUGACGAUAGGCCUUCUAUCAUUGCUGCUUCAGAAAUAUUCAGCACCUCGGCACUGAAUGGAUUGACCUCGCUGGAAAUGUCACGGAAAAUUGUCACAAUAGGGUCAGUGCCCCCAUGCUCGUUCACAGAAAGUCAGCAGCACUCCAACACAGAGAAUGCAAUCACUUCAGGCACACGUGAGGCUGGAUCGACUAGUCCUGAAGAAGUCAUGUCACUGCAGAAGACUAUCCUCCGUUUACUGCCUGGGAUGAGUACCGACAGUGAGAGCGAAUGCGAUACUGAGAAUGAGGAGCAGGAGGAAAAUGUGUCUGCAGAGGUGGUCACUCGUAACUUCGCAGUACAAAGUUCCAGUGAAGAUCAUGAGGACUUUGUCAAUGGAAAAUAUUUUGCAUCCAAAUUGCAGUGGAAGCAUGGAAAAGAAUGGGAACCUGCUGAAAAUGUUUCCAUCCUUAAUAGCAGGUUAAGGGAAAUAAACUAUAACAUCCCUUGUGAAAAUAAUGUUCACCUAUCAUUCAUACACUACUGCACCAGCCAUGUGCUGAUACAGCAAACUCCCAAUAAACAUUGCACUGAUUUUGUUUCUUCAAUGGGUCAGAGUUAAUUACACUCACCAGUACCUGGUUGUACAUUUUUUUAAAAAACCUGUAAACCAUCUCAUCAGCACAGCAAAGCUAUGACUGUAAUGGUCUCUACAUUGGGACUCUGGCACAUUUGCAGCCUGCAGUUUCUGCGUAGCUGCCCUGUCUACUUUUCUUUUCAAACCAUCCUUCUGCAGCAGUUGAGACCUCUUUCCAAGCAGUUGACUUGCUAUCCUUCAUAACUUUAGUUCUUCUGCAUUUUAUUGUUGGAGUUAUGGUAGGUCAUUUCCUCCUCAAGCUGUCCACUGCUCCCAGAACAAUUAGAAUAAACAUGUGAAUGGGCCCUGGCGUGUUCUUAUUUGCCCCUGGUUGACAUAAGCUGAACAUUAACAAUUAUUCGUGUAGGGGCUUGGCCUUCCCUGGCAGGUUGAGAUGGGGGAUUGGUGGGGGUUGAACAGGGGAUUGGUUGCACUUGUGAGCAAUGGCUGAACUUGUGAAUUCACUGAGUAGGUUAUUGGCAUCGUUGCUUGAUCUAGGCCACUCGUGUUUUACUACUGAUGACUUUGAGAUUGUAAAGUGCCCUGUUAUAAUUAGACUGACGGACUACAGUAGAUAUAAAUUGAGUUUAUAUUUUGUGUUUGCUGUGUAGCUCAGACCAUUAGAUUCAUGAUUAGAAGCAUGUGCAGUAUUAUCCCUGUACAGACACAACGGACACUGAAUUGAGUGGUGAUUGAGGAAAGUAAUCCAACUGAUCUCUGCAAGUCGAGCCUUUGUGCUUUUUGACUUUAAUCGUGUAUUUUAUCAAAGUGACAUUGUACUCGGUUGUUUUGCCAUUUAUGAUCUAAAUGGCAAAUUUAAAUACUGCCCUGUCAACCCCACUGACGUUGACAGUGGGGUAUGACUUGACUGGGCAGCUUCCUUGUCCUCAAUGCAGAAAUCAUAGAUUUGUUGUACUACUGCGUGGUGGUGCUGUGUACGUAUUUUCUGUGCAGAAUUUCUUCUCCGCCUGGUACCUCUUCAGGUGUUUCUAGUAUUUCCAUCACUUGCAUCUCUUGUGUGCAAUGAAGCCCUAUAGCGACUAGCCUGCUGGUUAGCAAUGUUACAAGUGCAAGUAAGCUGGAGUCCUCGACAAUGAAACAGAGUAUACCGUAUCAAAGUUCUACAGUUGUCCUGUUUGUAUGGUCUGUUUUAUACUUGAUUGUUUCAGUUCAGGAUCAUUUCUGGCACAAACGUUCAAGCAAAAGUUCCAACAAGAUUCCUUGAUGUUAAUUUAUUUCCAAAUCAUUUUAUUUAUUCAUUCAGCUUCUGCUCUGAAGCAGCUAUUCUGAUACCCACUAGUAAACCCUUCUCUACCAAAUGGUUUCUGUACAGAAGGUACAAUCACUUUGUGUUUUUUCUUUGUAGCUGUGCCCUACUGGUGCCAAACAGUGUUUUCCUCCGGGAACUCCUCAGAUAGGAAUUGAUUAGCAAAGCUGUAAGGGCUGGUGCCUUUAUCUAGAGAAAUCUCUUGCCUGGGUUUUCCUUGCUAAUCAGCUUGAUGCUCCCACCCCAAAAGCCUUUGUGUAAAACAGCACUUAUCAAUCUGUCAUUAUAAUCUGUUCUCCAAGAGAUGGGCAAAUCUGUGGGUUCUGUUAACUUAUAGUUUACAAUAUCUCUGCCCUAGACCACUCUUUAAUUAUACUCUGAUGUAUCAAGCAUUUGUUCAUUAUUUGGUGCUGAUAUUAGAAAUAGGUUUUUCCAGAAUUUUCCAUUAGGUUGAUCAAAAAUACUUGAAUCUUUGGGAGACUCUUUACUUCUCUGCUCACUAGUAUGGUAUGUUAUUAUUUUGGUUUUCAAUGUUUGUGAGCCUUUCUUUGAAAGGUAAUUGGUGAUCAGUUCGCUCUGGCAGCAUGACCUUAACUGUAGUUCAGUAACCUUGUCCUCAUUUCUGCGUAGCCUACAACUGUGACAUGCUUUGCAAUGUAUUGAAUGUUGGCUGACAUUGCUUUACAGAGCACAUUUAGGUUUUGUGAAUUUCUUCAGCGCUCCUUUGAGAAUGCUGUGCCAUUGAGAGAAUUUGGAAAUCUAGCAACAAGUCUACCAAGUCACUGCUGGCAGUCUGUCUGUGUACUAGAAGGUGUCGUACUGGGUGGAUCGUCCUUGUGGUGCCAAGUGCCCUGGGCCCAGUUCCUGUAAAGCAUGUCAACAUCCUGUCUAACUGUGAUGUACCUUAUACUGUGAGAAAGUUGUGCUUUAUCUGUAAUGUGUAUCCAGUGUUGCAUUUUAAAUACUGUAUCCAUUGUGUUUACAUGAUAACAUUUCUGCACUUUUUUUGUUAAUAAAACUUGUGUUGCAAACUAUUGGUAUAUUUUCUGUUUCUUCGACGGGGUG